AUGGAAAAUGCAGUGUCUGAGCUGACAGCUCCCCAAGCCCUUAGGGAUCGUGAUCUGGUAGCCGGACUUCUUCUAAGGAGACUGCAGCAAGCCAACUAGGACUCCAAGCAGCUGGAACCAAUGAUGAGGGGCCCAGCAGGCUUCCUCCUUUGCUCGCUGCUGCUGAUGGACCCCCACAGCACAGACGUGGCUGCCCAGGACAUCCAGCCUGACCCCAAAACACCAUGUGCCAACUGGAUGGGAGGAGCGCCCGGCUACCCCGGCCACAACGGGCUCCCUGGCCGGGAUGGGAGAGAUGGAAAAGAUGGAGAAAAGGGAGAGAAAGGAGAGGAAGGUGCGCAAGGCCCCAAAGGUGACCAUGGUGAAAUGGGAGUCCCAGGGCAGGAAGGGCCAAGAGGAUUUCCUGGAUACCCAGGGCAUAAGGGGGAGAAGGGCGAAGGUGCCUUUGUCCACCGCUCUGCCUUCAGUGUGGGGCUGACGGAGCGAGCCCCCCACCCCAACGUCCCCAUCCGCUUCAGCAAGAUCUUCUACAACGAGCAAAGCCACUAUGACAGCAGCACCGGCAAGUUCCUCUGCAGCAUCCCUGGCACAUACUACUUCGCCUACCACCUGACGGUCUACCUGACGGAUGUCAAGGUCAGCCUCUACAGGAAAGACAAGGCAGUGAUCUUCACCUAUGACCAGUUCCAGAAGAACAAUGUUGACCAAGCGAGCGGCUCUGUCUUGCUGCACCUCAGCACUGGGGAUGAGGUCUGGCUGCAGGUGUAUGGGGAGGGGGACAACAACGGCGUCUACGCCGACAACAUCAAUGAUUCCACUUUCAUGGGCUUCCUCCUGUACCCAGACCUGGAUGUCUAUUAA